CUGGUUGUUAAGAACUGUUUGGAGGCGGUGACUUCCGCUACUUACACGUGUGCGAUCAGAGAAACGGGGCAGAAAGGAAGUGAAACUUGCGUGGUUUGUUUAGGCUGCAGUGAUGGCAUCUACUAGAUUCUCUCAGAUGGUGAAAGUUCGACCUCUCUGCAAGUCUUGGGAAAUCAAGAUGAAAGAACGCCAGGAAAAAAAAAUGGUUAAAGAAUUUGCUAAGCAACUGAAGGAGGAGAAACUGCAGAAGUCAGAAGGAAAAAAAAAACGUAGAGAAGAAAAUCUUAAAAGGAGGUUGGAAAAUGAGAGAAAGGCAGAAGUUGUACAAGUGAUUCGAAACCCUGCAAAGCUAAAACGUACUCAGAAGAAACAACUGCGCAGCAUUGAAAAGAGAGACACCUUAAUGUUCUGUACAUCUGGGGAAAGAAUAAAACACACACAAAAUGCUCUGUCUAACAAGAGACCCCGGCAAAGGAAGAAUCACAUUUCUACCUGAUUGUAUUGGUGAUGAUCUGCAGUUUGUAAAAGGAUUUCUAUAGUCUGACUGUUGUAAACAGAGCUGUUAUAAUACAGACAUGCUGAAUAUUUUGGCCUUAUAAAGCAAAUGUAUGGGUGUCUUACUCAAAGAAAUAUUUAAAAACACUGA